AUGGAGAACCAGUUUGAGAGAUCAGAUCAAUUGGUGUAUUCCCAAGACUCUACGGAGAAUAGUCCGCCACUGAGGAAAGGUCGUUCGCCUAAUGAAAGAUAUGAUCGUGAAGACCGACUAUAUCAUGGAGAACACGCAGAGUCUUUGCUCCAUUCGGUUCCUUUGGGCCCUCCUUAUCCGGCCUACGAACCUGAAUCACAACCCUUCGGCCAUGGGACUCCCGAACAGCUCACUCUACGAAGCCCUAGUACGAAGACGCAAUCAACUUAUUCACGAACUCAGUCAGUAAGCAGAGAUCCGUUUGCUUCAUAUCCAACCGUCGCAUACUCAGACGAUGCUUCAACACCGGACUCGUGGCGACAGCGACAAACUCCAGCGCCCAGUGCGCUUCGUCGAUACCCUACCCGAAGAAUUAACCUGGUCCAAGGUAGCGUCCUGAGCGUAGAUUAUCCCGUGCCCAGCGCUAUUCGGAACGCUAUCCAGCCAAAAUACCGCGAUGCUGGGGAAGGCUUCGCUGAAGAGUUUACACACCUUCGAUAUACAGCAGCCACCUGCGACCCUGACGAGUUCACCCUACGCAAUGGUUACAACCUACGGCCUUCCAUGUACAACAGGUCUACUGAAUUGCUCAUCGCCAUUACCUAUUAUAACGAGGAUAAGGUGCUCACGGCACGGACCCUGCACGGCGUGAUGCAAAAUGUUCGGGAAAUCGUCAAUCUCAGGAAAACAGAAUUCUGGAAUAAAGGAGGACCAGCCUGGCAGAAGAUUGUUGUUUGUCUCGUCUUCGACGGCAUUGACCCUUGCGAUAAGAACACGCUUGAUGUCCUGGCCACCGUGGGCGUCUACCAGGACGGAAUCAUGAAACACGAUGUAGAUGGUAGGGAGACUGUUGCUCACAUUUUUGAAUACACAACCCAACUAUCGAUCACGCCUGCGCAACAGUUGGUUCGCCCUCAUGGCGACGAGCCCACCAAUUUGCCACCGGUUCAGACGAUAUUUUGCCUGAAGCAGAAAAAUAGCAAAAAGAUCAACUCCCACCGAUGGCUAUUCAAUGCGUUUGGCCGACUGCUAAACCCUGAGGUCGUCAUCUUGAUUGACGCCGGCACCAAGCCGGGGCAUAAAUCUCUCCUUGCCCUUUGGGAAGCAUUUUAUAAUAAGAAGAACCUCGGAGGAGCGUGUGGUGAGAUCCAUGCGCUGCUCGGCCCACGCUGGGAGAAGCUUGUGAAUCCUCUAGUGGCUGCGCAGAACUUUGAAUAUAAGAUCUCUAAUAUCCUAGACAAGCCUUUGGAAAGCGCCUUUGGCUAUGUUAGUGUUCUCCCCGGCGCAUUCUCUGCUUACCGAUACCGAGCUAUCAUGGGUCGACCUUUAGAGCAGUACUUCCAUGGGGAUCAUACGUUGUCUUCGAAGCUAGGCAAGAAAGGUAUUGAAGGAAUGAAUAUAUUCAAGAAGAAUAUGUUCCUGGCUGAGGAUCGUAUUCUGUGUUUUGAGCUCGUCGCGAAGGCGGGCUCUCGAUGGACGCUGACAUAUGUGAAAGCUUCAAAGGGGGAAACCGACGUGCCAGAAGGCGCCGCUGAAUUUCUCAGUCAAAGACGCCGCUGGCUCAACGGCUCAUUCGCGGCAAGUUUAUAUUCAAUCAUGCAUUUCAAUCGCAUCUAUAAGAGUGGCCACAACCUGAUUCGCCUCGUUGCUUUUCACGUCCAGCUACUUUACAACAUCUGCCAGCUUAUCAUGACGUGGUUCUCCCUCGCAUCCUACUGGCUGACCAAUUCUGUGAUUAUGGAUAUCGUAGGAACACCAAGCGCAACUAACAAAAACAAGGGCUGGCCAUUCGGCAAUGACGCGACUCCUGUCGUCAACAACAUCGUCAAGAUCACUUAUCUUGCCUUCCUCAUGCUCCAGUACAUCCUUGCUCUUGGCAAUCGACCGAAGGGAUCGAAAACCUCAUAUACACUAUCCUUCAUCUACUUCUCCGUCGUCCAACUCUACAUUCUGGUUUUAUCAUUUUAUCUUGUAGCGCAGGCAUUCAGCGGUGGGAAUAUAGACCUCAAAUUGGACGAUGGGGUUGGGGGUUUCAUCGGAUCUUUCUUCACCUCCACCAGCGGACUCGUGUUGAUCGCAUUAGUGUCGACCUACGGGAUCUACUUCAUAUCCAGCAUUCUAUACCUCGACCCAUGGCACAUGCUCACAUCCUCAUGGGCUUAUUUUCUCGGGAUGCCCUCCUCGAUCAACGUCCUGAUGGUCUACGCCUUCUGCAACUGGCACGACGUCUCAUGGGGCACCAAGGGAUCCGACCAAGCAGGCUCACUCCCAUCCGCCCAGACGAAAAAGGCCGACGCAAAGACAAACUUCGUCGAAGAGCUGGACAAACCGCAAGCAGACAUCGACACUCAGUUUGAGUUCACAGUCCGACGAGCUCUUUCCCCGUGGCAGCCCCCCGAGGAGAAGGAGGACGGCAACUUGGAUGAUUCGUAUAAACGCUUUCGGACCAAUCUCGUGUUACUAUGGGUCUUGAGUAACGCGCUCUUGGCCCUCUGUAUCAAUAACGAGGGGAUCAGGAAUCUCUGUUUGACGACUUCUUCAACGGAUCGUACGGCCUGGUAUUUUAAGAUCAUCCUCUGGCUUACCUCCGCGUUGUCGGUUUUCCGGUUUAUGGGCGCUCUGUGGUUCUUGGGCAAGACG